CCUCCAAACCCUAACCUUGUCAUUACGAUGCAUUACGAUGCUGUUUUUAGCUUCGCUUAUCGGCGAACGAUUCGCGCGAGCUGUUUGUGUUGAUCGUUACGUACGAUCAUUCUCUCGAAUCGAGAUGCAAAUUGUGUGCCUGCAUUGCAGUUACAUUUCGAGGAAAAUUCGAAAAAAAACGCACUAAAAGUCGGAAAGUACAAGCGUUAGAAAAGAGGCUUUCGAGUUGGCUUUCGAGUUAACCUUAUCAUUGCAUGUUGCAUGGUGUUAUGACGUAAAAGAUUACGGACUAAUAAUAUGAGCAAGUUGAGAUUAGGGUCAGAGUACAUCCCGUUAACCGCGGAGGACAUGUCGAAGAUUCGCGUUGUCGUACCGUUCUCAAAAGUGGCAUGGUUCACCGUGGCUCUGCCAUUUCUGGCGUUCAUUUUUUGUAUCGUCUGGUCGAUUCUGUAUAAUUUCGAACAUUCCACCUCCACACAUUGUCAGGUGUACAAUUUUUUACCAUCAGUCUCAGCAGCUAUUGGUCAUUACAGGCCUCAAAGAGAUGUUUGGAAGAUUGCCAUAGCGGUGCAAGCAAUAGUGAGAACUUUAGUAUUUCUCAUGUAUUAUCGUUAUUAUAAGGAACAUGUUUACAAAUGGGCACAAUACUUAAGUAAUAUUGCACUUGUUAUGUAUGUCAUUGAAAAUGUAUCUCUUGUGACACUGAGCUUUUGGACUUCCAAUGAGAAUUAUGCAUUCCAUAAAAUAUCUUUUAUAUCUUUUCUGAUGACAUCAUUUAUACACAUGUUCUUAGCAUAUUAUAUUAAGAGGAGAUAUGUGAAUGUCAUAAAAGAUUUUGACGAUGCUUCCUUGAAGUGGAAAUGGAGAUCCAUGAUGUUGAAUGUAUCAUCUAUAUUAGUAGCAUGUUACUUCUUUUAUAGGCAUAAUAAAUAUUGUGAACCUUUAGUGUAUUCAAUGUUUGCUUUAAGUGAAUAUGGAGUUGUACUUUCAAAUAUGGGAUAUCAUUUAACAGUGGCACUAGAUUUUGCUACAACGUAUCUCAUGAUAUCAGGAAACAGUUUCAGAAUUAUUUAAAAUCUUUUGAAUCAUUACUUGUAUGAUAAUCAUUAUAUAUACUUGUAAAUAUUGUA